CUGAUGGGCGAGGGGGAGUCACUUGUGCUUCUGCUGGUGUACGUGGAUGACAUCUUGCUCUUCAGCAGCAGUGACAAGGAGAUCGAUGGGGGACAGUACAUCAACACCUUGGCUGAGAAGUACUCUCUGCAGGAAGAACGGGAAGUGGUCACACCUUUGCCUUCCGAGUUCAAACUCAUAAAGGCAGCUGAAGGAGGAGGAGUUGAGUCAACAGCCAGCCGACUUCCUUACCAAGCGGCUAGCUGAAGAGCCACACUGGCGCUGUGCAAGGAUGGUGGGAAUGUCCUUGAACUAGAGACGGCGAAACAAGCCGACAGUCUGAGGGGGAGUGUGUUGGUGCAUAUUCGU